AGCCAGCGGCAGCCUUGCUGUUUGUUGUCGUCGUCGUAAGCCAUUGAGCAGAAGCGCAAAGCGGGGAGGUUUACCUUGGGGGCGCUCACGAUCCACACAGGGCGCGCCACGCAUCGCAUGCCCCCCACCCACUCCACCCCAGUUCUCAUCUCCUCCCCUCACCACCACCACCGCUCACCUCUUCCCCACCCCCCACUCGACCCAACCCCCACUCAACCAAACCCGAAACAACACGCUCAUUCACUCCGGUUCACGGGAGCAUCACCUUCCCGUGCACGCGGACCCAGCACCAACACACGCGCUUGCCUCCCCGUAGUCUUUUCAUUGUCCAUCGCCUUCGCCCGUCUCUCUGCGGAGAUAACGAACCGAGAGAGAGAGAGAGACAGACAGGGAGGUGCGUGAAGGGGGCGGGGCAGCAAACCAGAGGACCUCUCUUCAUACCACGACGAACUUAAUUGCAAGAUCAACAACAAAAGUCGGAGCGCGCGGCUACGGCUGGGGUCGGAGGCAGUUUGCGCGCGUCACCCCCCCCAGCUCCAUGCAGAACGCACACGGGAGGCACGACGCGCCGGGCUAGAUAGCCUCUCCCUAGGAGCCCGAACACUGAUGCCACCGCCGUUGCUGCUGCUGCGGAUGAGGAUGGUGAUGAUGGUGGCGAUGGAGGUGCUGAUGAUGGUGAUGGUGGGGGCAGCUGUCGGAGCGCAGGAUUCAGUUGUCCCCAACGACCAAACCAAGGCCUGGAAGGCUCCGGACUCCACACACUUCCCCGACUAUGCCACGUCGACCAGCGAAGGCGACUUCCUGACUCUGCUCGAGCCGAUGAACAACAUCACGAGCUCGCUGGGCCACACCGCCAUCCUCAACUGCCGCGUGGCGGGCCAGCCAGCGCCCACCUUCCGCUGGCUCAAGAACGACGCGCCGGUGCUGCAGGAGCCGCGCCGGGUGACCGUGCGCCGAACGCCGUUCGGCUCGCGCCUGCGCAUCCAGAACCUGCACACGACCGACACGGGCUACUUCCAGUGCGUGGCGACGAGCGGCCCGCGCUCCGUCUCCUCCAUGGGCAUCCUCUUCGUCAAGUUCGGACCGGUACCGACCCCCAGCUCCGGCAAGGAUGGACACGAUGACGAUGACGACGAAGGAUUUUGUCAGCCAUACCGCGGCAUUGCGUGCGCCCGCUUCAUCGGAAACAGCACGAUCUACGUGGACUCCCUGCAGCAGCAGGGCGAGAUCGAGAACCAGAUCACCGCGGCGCUGACGAUGAUUGGCACGGCGACGCAGCUCUCGGACCGCUGCUCGCGCUUCGCCAUCCCGUCGCUGUGCCACUACGCGUUCCCGUCAUGCGACGAGCGCUCGCCCGUGCCGCGGCCCCGCGACCUCUGCCGCGACGAGUGCGAGGCGCUGGAGACGGACCUGUGCCUCGCCGAGUAUGCGGUCGCUCGCUCCUCGCACAUCCUGCUCAUGGCGCUGCGGCUGCCCAACUGCGACGACCUGCCGCCCACCGGCACGCCGGAGGCGGCCAACUGCGUGCGCGUGGGCAUCCCCGCGGCGAAACCCAUCGACCGAGACCACAAGUGCUUCAACGCCAGCGGCGUGGAGUACCGUGGCACGGCGAGCGUGACGCGGUCGGGCCACCAGUGCCAGCCGUGGAGCUCGCACUACCCGCACGCCCACGCGCUGCUGCCGGCGCGUCACCCCGAGCUGGCGGGGGGCCACGCGUACUGCCGCAACCCCGGGGCCGAGCGCGAGGCGCCCUGGUGCUUCACGCUGGACGAGUCGGUGCGCGCCGAGGUGUGCGACGUGCCGGCCUGCUCUCCGCGCGAGAACAACAAGAUGGAGAUCGUGUACAUCCUCAUCCCCAGCCUGGCCGUGCCGGCGCUGGUAGCGCUGCUCUUCUUCCUCGUCUGCGUCUGCCGCAACCAGCGCAAGUCCUCGGCGGCUUCGCCCCGCUCGCAGGCCAAGCCGGUGGCGCGCCACGACAUGGAGCUGUCGCUGCUCACGCCGCACAAGCAGCUCAAGCUGCGGGAGCUGCCCCCCUCGUCGCUGCAGAUCCUGGAGGAGCUCGGCGAGGUCCCCUUCGGCAAGGUCUACCGGGGGGUGCUCUACCUGCCCGGGGGGCCCUCGUCAGCCGGAGGGCCCUGCCAGCCCCCCCAGCAUCCCGGGAGCUCCGCGGCCGCCCCCCAGCAAGUCGCCGUUAAGACGCUUCGCGACCCCAGCGACGCGCGACUCUGGCAGGAGUUCCUGCACGAGGCCCGCCUGAUGGGCGCGCUGGCGCACCCCAACGUGUGCGCCCUGCUGGGCGUCGUGUCGCCGCCGCCGGCGCCGCCGCAGCAGCAGCAGCAGCCGCCGUGCCUCGUGUUCGAGUACCCGGCGUGCGGGGCGGGCGGCGCCGGCGGGGCCACCGACCUGCGCGAGUUCCUCAUCUCGGCGGCGACGGCGGCCGGGCGGCGCAGCAACCAGGAGGGCAGCGGCAGCGGGAGCGGCGGAGGAGGAGGAGGAGGAGGCGGAGGCGGCGAGGUGCUCGGCUUCCCCGUGCUGGAGCGCCGCGAGCUGCUCUGCUUCUCCACGCAGGUGGCGGCCGGAAUGGAGUACCUGGCCUCGCGACACUUUGUCCACAGGGACCUGGCGGCCCGCAACAUCCUCGUGUGCGAGCGUCUCCACGUGAAGAUCUGCGACCUGGGCCUGGCGCGCGCCGCCUACAGCUCGGACUACGUGCGCGUGCGCCCCAACUCGCCGCUGCCCGUGCGCUGGGCGCCGCCCGAGGUGGUGUUCCGCGGACAGUUCUCCCCGGAGUCGGACGUGUGGUCCUACGGCGUGCUCCUCUGGGAGGUCUUCUCCUGGGGCCAGCGGCCCUACGGGGGCCGUCCCGAUGCCGAGGUGGUGACGGCGCUGGGCGCGCGCCGCCUCCUCUCGUGCCCCGACGACUGCCCGCCCUGCGUCUACGCGCUGAUGCGCGAGUGCUGGCAGGAGGCGCCCGCCAAGCGGCCCCGCUUCGCCGACGUCCACGCCCGCGUCCGCGCCUUCUGGGAGGCCUCCUGCGCCGGCCCCGCGGCCGUGGCGCCCGCCGGACCCGGGGGCGGCUGGCCGGCGAAUGGCCAGGCGGCGGUGGCGGGCCGCGAGUGGCAAGGGAACGGCGCCGCCGGAAGGGAGUGGGGCGCGCCCAACGGCCUCCCGUGCGGCGCCCGGGACUGGGUCCAGGACGGGGCGGCCGCCGGCGUGGCGAACGGCCGCUGGGAGGCGACGAGCGCCGGGAAGCCGUCGAUGGCGCUGGGCGCGCCGGGGCCGUGGGACGCCAUGGGCGGCGGCGGAGGCGGCGGCGGCGGCGUCGCCGGCCGCUCGCUGUCGGCCUCCGGGUCGGCCAACACGACGCAGACCACGUCGCUGAGCGCCAGCUCGCUGAGCAACUACGCAGGGCCCAUGGCCAUGCAGCCGCAGUACCCGCCCGUGCCGCACCUGCAGCACCACCAGCAGCACCACCAGCAGCAGCACCACCAGCAGCAGCACCCGCAGCAGCACCAGCAGCAGCACCCGCAGUUUUACCACCACUACGGUUACCCCAUGCCGGGCGGCCACCCGGCGGCGCAGGCUGCUUCUGUAGCUUACUCCGGCCGGUACGCUCUACCCAACAGCGCGGCGGCGGCGGCCGCGGCCGCGGCGGCGGCGGCGGCGCACUACCCGCCGUACCACCCGGCGCUGCAGCACCAUGGAACGGCCUGCCCCGUGGCCAGCGUGAGCGCCAGCGCGAGCAAGACGAGCCGUUCCCACAGCAGCGCCAGCGGGUCGACCAGCACGGGCCACGGCGCUUCCUCGCACGCCGAGCGGGCCCACCACGCAGCGUCGGCGGGGCCGGCGGCGGGAGGCCACGGCCACGGAGGGGCCGACGGUCACAUCACCUCCACGGCCAGCUCCAACCAGAGCUCCAACACGCCGCUGCUGCGGCAAGACGGUGACGAGGGGGACGACGACGACGACGGCGACGAGGAGAUGGGCGAUUACGGGGGGCGCGAUGGCCCGCCGCCGCCGCCGCCGCAGCAGCAGCAGCGUUACGCUCACGCCGGCACCCCCUACGCUGCGGGCAGCCUCUCGCCGGCCUCCCAGAGUGCUGUGCAGCAUCACCACCAAGUGCUGCCCCCCCCCUUGGGCUCCCAGCAUGCCGCGGGGCAGCAGAAGGAAGAGGAGGAUUCUGACGAGACGGCGCUUCUGGAGGACAGCGACGGGCCGACGGCGAAUGAACUCUCCAUCAAGGCCGAGCUGUGAUUCGCCGCUCAUCAUUGCAGCACGUCAGAUGCUUAGUUUAUUACCAUUAUCGUCCGUUUUUAAUGAUAUAAUCCGUAAAUGGUUAUAGGUAUUGCACAAUCAGCAGGAAUUUAUUGGCAGGUGCAAGACUCCCAACUGUAUGAGACUUUCCUCUUGAUUUCCGAUCAACAGCAGAGUGACAAUGGGGAUACCUUGCGCCCAUAGUCUUUGAAGCCGCAGCGCCGUCGCCUGAUGCCCUUUGAGUAUCGUGUGCCACAGAGAGGGCGUCAGUGCAGUCAAUACUUUACUUCAAGGAACCACUUGGCAAUUCAUGAAGAUGAGCGCGUGUAAAACAUGGUCCGUGAACUGUGACAGUGCAGUGCCUCUGCGUCCCGACCACGAGACGCAUCCAUCCUCGCGAGAGCCAUGACGGAUGAACCCACAGAGCAUCAAUUCGCACGAAGAGAGUCGCGCAAAUCCAGGCGGGGACUUUUUCUAACCGAAGAGAGCGAGCGACGGAUAAAAUUAAGAUUGUUUUUUGUCAUAUUUGGUUUGGAAAGCACCCGCGGCUCCUAAGCGGCAGGCGGCGGAAAAAGCAGCGCCGCGUCGUGAGCGCGAACUCGGAGCCGCACGGCAACGACCGCGAGCGGCCCGUGAAAGCGCGACGUGUUCGUGAACCCCGUCCCACACGACUCCGCGGCCGAACGCUCGACGCCAUGGAUUAAGCCGCGAGGAAAAAACGACAAUCGCUCCGAGCCGGCUUGCAGAGCAGCACGACGGGCCGGGGCGAGGUUCCAAAUGAGAAACACAAAAAACGUGUGCUGCGAUUCCGGAAUGCCGGCACCGGCGGUCGGCGUGCAGUGCCAGUGGUGGGCGUUCACCUUGCUAUGCAAUGACGCGGGCGCAGCUGCAAACCCGCUCUUCGCUUUGCCACACCGCACGGCAGCGCUCUGCGCAAUCGUUUCAAGAAACCGAUCGUUUAUAUUUCUGAUUUUUUUUAUAUAUAUAAUUUGACAGCGUAGAAUUCGCUUCGCUGCGUGCACCUGCGCGCACAGCGUACGCGCGGGCCUCGGCCGAUUUUAAUAAUCACUCGUGGCAGCCAAUUGCGCGCGCUCUUAAAUAAUAACACACGAACAAGCGUAGGCUCGGGCGCGUUCGCGCCACAUUCGCCAGCCCGCGCGCUGCCAAGCCGACGCCGCGAUCGACCGAUGCGUUUCGGUCCCUCUCGUAGCGCACCGCAGCACCAGCGGCUACUGCUGGAGGCGGCGGGCGGGCAGGCGCCUUGGUCAUGUGCCGGGGUCCAGCUGUGUCGAGCGUCUCCCGGGGCACGGUGCUAACCGACGCAAGGGGCUUGCGGCGAACGUCAGCCGCGGACCGAGAGCGGCCGACUGGCGUGCGUCGUGUGGGGCAAUAAGACGAGGAGCGUUUUUGACGGCGGCUUUUCUACAGAGAACAAAAACCGUGUGGGUUGGUGUUAAACAUUAAACAUUGGCGAUCGUUCCCGAGGCAGUGGAGAGGGCACGGCGGGGGGGGGGUGGCGGGGGGGGGGGGGUGAUCCUUGUAUUGUGUUUCCAGAUGCCAUCGCCACGACCUCCUCGUUUCCCAAAACAACCCCCCCCCCCCCCCCCUCCGCUCGUCCACUCGUGUGGAGUCACCGGAUCCCACUUUUUCGCCGGGAUAUUUUCCACGUCCACUGUCGCGCAACGGCGCCCUCCGAGCGGCGAAGAACCCCGGGCCCGCGCGUGUGCCUUGCAGAGAGGGAGAGGUCCGGUGGUAAAUCGCGGCCCUCUUCGCUGGAACGUUUUUUUUAGUUCCUCUUUCCAACACACUGAAUGUUAUAUUUUUUUAUCUUUUAAUUCCCCCCCCCCUCCGCAAAAAAAUGUAUUGACCCAUGUACAGUCUCUAUCGCAACGACAAAUCGUGUUUUUUAUGGUGUGCGCUGUAUAUAGGGAAAGGCCCCAGCGGCAGAGUGAGCGGCACACGAACGGAAGGUCGCGAGUUCAAAUCCUGAUGGAUGGGUGGGGGGGGGGGAGGGGGUCGACUCGGCCCCAUCAUCCCCUCUCCGGGGUGGAUAAAAUUAGCGCCGCUUUGUAGGAGGGAGUCUUUUGUGGGUAGACUCGACCCUUGCCACUGCAAUGAGGAAUUCCCACCACUGGCUUCUGUAGGGCUGUUAAACGGGAGAUGCUCGUUUGAGCUGGAAAUCUCUGUAUUUGAUAUAGAGGCGACACGGGAGUGGUGGGGGUGGGGGGUAUUGAUGGGGGUGCUGCAUUGAGAACACGGGGAGACAAGUGUUUGACGUUCCGCGCUUCAUCCCGUGUGAGCGUGUGGGAGGGGGGGCACCACCUGGGGGUAUGUGGUGGUGGGUGGGGUGGGGGGGAGGUUCCUCUGUGGGUUUAAAUCCCCGAGCACACGGAAUCUCAGACGAGAGUACACCAAUGAUGAAUUUGGGCCGUGGCCAGGGUCUUUAGGGUCCCGUGCGCUGCUACCAAUCACGCUUGCUCCAUAAAAGCGCUCGCCAUUAGCCAGCGCUUUGCCAAAUUGCUUGAAAGAAUGUGUGGAGAGAAAGGGGAAGUCGGGGUAGAUGGGAGGGGAAGAGGGGUGGUGGCAAUUUUAAAGAGGGCGGAAGGGGGGGGGGGGAAUUGUAAUUGAUAAAGUCGGCCGUGCCGCCUGUUCUUCUGCGCUAAAUAUCGGGCACGGAGUGGUGAGGUCAGCGAUUUACUGCACCGCUCGAGGUUUCAAGCCAAGCGACCUCUGACCCCCCCACCCCUCCUCUUCGCUUCCCCGACCUAAAUAAGCCCGGAGUUGGCCCAGUAAUUAAUGUCCAAGUCAAGCAACUUCCUGUAACUAUAGCCACAGCGAACCACGGGGUCGUGAGGAAGAGGGGGCAAGUGGGGGGGGGGGGGGGGGGGGGGGGUGGGGAGAGGGCUUCCACACUGUGAAUUUCGCCCUUUUUCAAUGCGGCCGGGGCCCUCACCCCCCCUCCCCCCCACCCCGUACCAGAGGUGGCAGUGGGUGAUGUUGGUUUAUCCCAAGCGGGGAUGGGGUUGGGAGCGGUGCUGUUCUGCCCCGUACCUACAGAUCGAUCGGUGGUGCGUGCGGAGUUACCCCCGGUGCACGUGCUCUGGCAGUCGCGCCGAGACCACGCCGGACGUGUCGCCGAUCAAUCGCUCGCCCACGUGUCUAUGUGAAUCUCCCGGCUCCGUUGUUAUUAUUACAACAAUGAGUAUUGUCUCUGUAGAUAAUGUUUUUCACCCUCAUGCUAAACCACGCCUGUUGCGUCUGUUCACCGAUCACCGCCGACAUCUGUUUUAUCUUAAUUUUAUUUGUAAGCGUCACGCAAAAGAUUUGUUGUUGUUCUCUUCCUUUCCGAAUAGAGAAACAUUUUAAAGUGAA